CUGUGAUUCUCUAGCCGACUUCGGAUAGUUUAUUUUGGUUAGCGAUGGUGGAGAGGAAGCUUUUCAAGACGAAGCUGUGUGUUUUGUAUCAGAGAGGGCGAUGUGCGCGCGAAAGUUGCUCCUUUGCUCACGGACAAGCGGAGCUCCGUCGUUUCUCGGGCUCCUUUGACGGUAGGCGGGACUCUGGAGGUGAUGAUUUGAGGGAUAAGCUUGAGAGAAGGUAUUCUCCACGGGGAAGGUAUUCACCACAGAGAGAUGCAAGAGGCCGACAUGUACUUCGUGCAGAACAUAGUCCAUCCAGGUCCCUUGAGAGAGAAAAUUUUGAAUAUUCCUUCGGUAACAGCAAACGAAGGAAGAAACAACACUUGGAUGGCCAAAGUGAUAUUUCUGGAAGUUUGAGAAUUUCAAAUGAGACUGAACAUGAAGCUAAAGAAGCAAAUUCCAGAGGUGUUCUUGAGGAGCAGUUAAAGCAAUUGCAGUCAGAGAUCAACAUGCUUGAUCACCGCAGAUCUCAAUUAGGGGUCUACCUGGAAGAGAAGUCUCAAGAAGUGGAUAGUCUUACUUCUAAAAUUAAGGAGCUUGAGGCUCAAUUAUACAAAGAGAAAGAGGACUGUAAGAGGAUCUCCUCCAAAGUGAAGAAGUUUGUAAAAGCACAUUCUCGUAAUUCAAGGAUACAAGAUCAACUAAAGAGAUCACAGGUCCGACUUAAUAAGUUGGGAGAUCAGCUUGCCUUAGAUAUUUAUGGAAAUGAUGUCAAUGAAGAGGAUUCGAGCAUUAAUAUUGUUAGUGAUGGUGAUGGUGAGACUACUGGUUUUCCAGUAACCCCACAUAAUGAGCGGCUGAAUGAUGCUUCUCCAAGCAAGAUGAGGCUGGAAGCUAUUAGGGAUUAUGCCAAAGAAUCAAAACAAAGUGCUCAUUCAACAAGAGGACAUCUGACCACAUCAAGCAGACCAAAGAAGCUCUCUCGGUGGAACAUACACCCUGCUCAAUCAAAUUUUGACAAAAAAAAUGAGGCAGUGAGCAAUACAACUGGCAGUCCAAAGCAAUUAGCAAACGAAGGCAAGCAUGAUAGGAGAAAAACUGCUUCCUCUAGCAUCCUCUCUGCAGAUAUGUUGAAGAUUUCGGAGUCAGCCCCUGUUGUACCCUCAACUAGCAUGGCGGCUCACCCAGUUGACACAGAAGUUGAAAUUGAACCAGAGGAUAAAAUUGAGAUGGUUGGGAAAGCUUCUGGUAAAAUUGAGGAAGGAGCUGCAUAUGAGAACGUGAGCUUUUCAUUACCACUUCCUCCACCUCCAAUCCCUAAAAUUAACUACUCACAGUAUGAGGGGGAUGAUGAGAUUAUAGAUGUGCAGGGAGCUGACUAGGAGACGGUGCAAGCUGAUGUCGUUUAACCGUUUAAUCAUAUUUAACAGUGAGAAAAUAAUUUUUGAUCAAGUAUUUGGCAGGGUCGGAUGAUUAAUCUCUUUGUUUGCAAAUAGUUGGAGUGAUUAGUGAAUGAGCAUGCAGAAUGUACACAAAAUUUGGUAGACUUACAGUUUUCCUUUGUUUUCGUUAAUUGAUAACUCACUUAAGUAUUUCUUAACCUUCAUUUAUUUGUAUGGUGUGGGUUCAUCUACUUGGUCGUUCCAUAAAUAGAACAAGUUUUUGUUA